AGAAGGAGGUGUCGGUUCUCCGCAGGAAGUUUACCAGGCGUAUUCCACGCGGAGGCAAUAGGCAGUUGUCUUUUCGUCCAGACGACGUGAGGACGUAUCUUGUAAAUAUUUCUUUUGACGGCUUUGCCGUCGUCUCAUUUUACCGCGGGAUAUCGUCCUCAACCUUCGGCUGCAGGUGCUGAGAUGCGGAACAAAAUGGUGCUACUUUUUUGCACUCUGUUUUCAACGGCGUUGGCAGGGUCUUCCGACUGGAGGCCCGUCAUUCCUUCGCACACGAGGUCUAGUCUGCUACAACAGGAGGCUGCGAUUUACGACGAAUCUCCACACCUUCAAUAUUCACUGGAACAAUCUUCGAUACCGUCGUCUCAUCAUCUCGCUCAACAGGAACAGGAUCAGUGCGCACUGUACAAAGUAGCGAUGAAUCAGCAGCUCUAUUUCGAGUAUGUUCACUACAAAAUCGAUCUACCAGACAUGAAGGAAUUCACGCUUUGCGCGUGGACUAAAUUCCACAAUCACAGCAACGACCAUCCUCUGUUCUCUUACGCAGUCGAUGGUCAGCCCCGCGGCAUACUGGCCUGGAUCGCAAAUACGGCGAGAAGUUCUUACUUCAUGUUAAACAUAGACGGUCACAACAUAUUCAGACUGAACUAUCCCCUCAGACUGAAUAAGUGGUAUCACUCCUGUCAAAGUUGGAACGGAAGAACCGGAGAGUGGCAGAUAUGGGUCAACGACGAACGAGUCGGGCGCGGAUUCAACAACAGGUUGGUUGGUCACGUUAUCAAGGGAGGUGGAAUCGCUAUUUCCGGCCAAGAACAGCGUCAACUAGGUGGAGGAUUUUUGGAGGGUUCCGAAGCUCCGGACGGUUCGGGUGGAUAUCUUGGCGAACUUACGAUGCUUCAACUGUACGGUGUCGCUUUGACGGCUGGAAAAGCUCACAAAGAUCACAAACAUCAUCACGCUCAUCACUGGGAACAUGACACCAGCAACAACACUCCAAGACCGACGACUACUCAGGCUCCAGUCACCGGACGACCCCUUCCUCAAAGUCCCUUCCUAACUGGAGGACAAAUUAACCACCAGGUUAAGAUCAACACGGGUACGCCGCUGCAAAUAACUCAAAAUGGGCUGACCCUUCGGCACCCGAAUAUCCUCCAACCUCAGACGUCGUACCAACCACUACUUCCUCCCGUUAAUCCUGACUCAAAUCCUGCGCCACCCGUUACAGGUUUUGGAUCCGCCCUCGGCGGACUACCUCUGAGGACUAGUCAGUAUUUUGGCAAUCAAAUACCGCAAUUAUCCCAGAUCUCUCAAAUUCAAGGACAAUCCGACAAUGGAUUCUCAUAUCUCGAGAGUCAGUACCCGACAAUUUAUAAGAGAGAGGUAAAAUCUGCCGAUACGGAAGAUGCCGAUGCGCAAAAAUCUAUUGCAAAGAGGGAAGUUGAUGGCGACAAAGUUGUCCAUGACAAGGUAAGGCCGGUUACCUUUGUUUCUUCCGAAAAGAACGAAAAGGAGCCAUCGGCGUCUUCAGCUUCGUUCGGAGCAAAGAUAGUUCAGAAACGAGAUUCCGAGAAGAAAAAACGAGGCCUUGUACAGCUGGCUGACGGAUCGAUACUCGAUGAUACUUUCCUCGGUGGAAACCAGGGACUGGACAACAAUUAUUUCUCAGGAUUAGCCAGCUUUGGCUUAGAACUUCCGAUUCACAAAAUGAAAGACGAAGAACGAGAACCUGCCGAAGGCGAAGUUAAACAGGUCAUGGAGGUCUGCGACGGGUGUGCCGAAGACCCGUUCGAAAAAGCUCUUAUCAUGGGAUGGAGAUCCGUACCAAAAAAAUUAUACUCCGGUGCUCUUUAUCUACCGGCAGCGCAAACGUGCAAGGGAUUUUAGGACAUCGAACUUUCAAAUCAUCGUUCGCUGUUUCUUGGUGGCUAUUUUGUUUCAGCUGAUUGUGAGUGACACUCAGAGGCUGUUGAUUUCGGGAAUCAUCAUGGACUAGCGCAAGCAGUAUAACAACCAGUAGCGUAUUUUUCGUCGAUAAUUUUUGUACAAUAAUAAUACUCAGAGGGCCGCGUUUCACGGUAUUCUAUGCUCCAAGGCCGACAAUGAUUACGAGUAUCAAUAACGUUGCUGAGUUAGUUUCGCUUUUCUGGCAUUGUAGUUUCUAGCAUUGAGCUACUGCUUUCCUCGCGGACAAGCUCAAAAUCUAUAGAGGGUUUAUUUAUGAAUCGAUUUAAUUUAAGAAUACAUCACGAGUCAUGCCUACACACUCAUUUUCAUAGUUGUGUAACAGUAGCAGUGUAAUAUAACAUAAGACUUAGCGAAUAAACUAAUUGUAUAUUGUUA